UUUCUAUGGAUGGGUUUAGCGGGAGCAGCUGCUGUUGCACCGGGGGAAGGAGCGUGGCAUGUGCCGCGGGGCUGAUUCCCCCCCUUUCAGGUAAAUAAUGCUGUCAACAUGUCUGUGCAGUCAUUGCUUUGUGAGAGAAUCGCCGUUGCUAAGGAAUUAAUGAAGAGAGCAGAAGCCCUUUCCAGAUCACAGAAAGGAGGUAUAGAAGGUGGAGCAAAGCUAUGCAGCAAAUUGAAGGCCGAGUUGAAAUUCUUGCACAGGGUGGAGGCGGGGAAGGUGGCCAUUAAGGAGUCCCAUCUGCAGAGUACCAAUCUUACACAUCUCCGAGCCAUAAUUGAGUCAGCAGAGAACCUGGAGGAGGUCGUCAGUGUCCUUCAUGUCUUUGCCUAUGAAGACUGCUGUGGAGAAAAGCAAAUGCUGGUGGUAGAUGUUGUUGCAAAUGGUGGCCACACUUGGGUGAAAGCAAUUGGUCGAAAGGCUGAAGCUCUUCACAAUAUUUGGCUGGGCCGGGGCCAAUAUGGCGACAAAAGCAUCAUUGAGCAGGCGGAGGACUUUCUGCAAGCAAGCCGUCAGCAACCAGUGCAAUAUAGCAACCCCCAUAUUAUCUUUGCUUUUUAUAAUAGUGUGUCCAGUCCUAUGGCAGAGAGGCUGAAAGAGAUGGGCAUAUCCGUGCGGGGAGACGUAGUUGCUGUUAACUCUUUGGCAGAGCACUUGACUGAAGAGAGACACCUAAGUGCCAGUGAAUCUGAUGAAGAAAGCCCUGAGGUCCUGCAGGUGACCAGAGUAGACCGGGAGAAUUUAGUAGCCAGCAUUGCUUUUCCUACAGAGAUCAAAGUAGAUGUGUGCAAUAGGGUUAACUUGGACAUCACUACUUUAAUUACAUACGUCUCUUCCCUUAGCUGUGGUGGCUGCUACUUCAUUUUUAAGGAGAAAGUGUUAACGGAGCAGGCAGCACAGGAAAGGAAGGAGAGAGUCCUGCCUCAGUUGGAGGAUUUCAUGAAGGGCAAGGAGCUGUUCGCUUGUGAAUCCGCAGUCAAAGAUUUUCAGUCAAUCUUAGAAACUCUAGGAGGACCUGGGGAGAAAGAUCGAGCCAUCUCUCUCAUGAAGAGAAUUAAUGUGGUGCCAGACCAGCCCUCUGACCGUGCCUUAAGACUAGUGGCUAGUUCAAAAAUUAAUAGCCGCUCUCUAGCCAUCUUUGGGACAGGAGACACUUUAAAAGCCAUCACGAUGACCGCAAACAGUGGUUUUGUUAGGGCAGCAGCUAACCAAGGGGUUAAGUUUAGCGUGCUUAUCCAUCAGCCAAGGGCACUGACUGAAAGCAAGGAGUCUGUUGCCAUGCCUUUACCAAAGAACUGCACAGCUGAUAGUGGGCUUUGACUAAGCCAUCUAAUUAAUUAGUCAUUAAAAUAACUGUUUAAACGUGCUGCAGUGGAGGCAGUUCAAGAAAUAGAACUCUCAAAACAAUACAUUUUUUUUCUUUUUGUGUGCCAGAUCCUGAUACGUGUAGUAAUUUACCUUCAAAUGAAAAAUUCAAGAAAAGCAGAAAAUCUGUACAUCAUUCAGAAUAGUAGUUGUAAUGGAUAAAAAAAUAUAAGUUAAAACACGUACAUCCUCUGUAUGUGGAAUUUUUGUUCUCAACUCAAUAGAGUAUACAAUAAUUUAUUCAUGGGGAUAACUGCAUUUAAGUGGAAAAUGUUAACUGUGUUCUACCUUAUUAAAAAGUUCAGUUAGAAACUCAAGCCAAGCGUGCUUCCAGUGUAUCUGUGCCCUGUGACGCUUUCAUCCCCUUUUGAGGGACUACAAUUUUUAAAAAGGAUUGUGAAAUCACCUCUGCAAAAUGUGAACAAAUAGGAUAAGUAAAAGGAUAAUUUGAUUUUUCAUUUAUUGGAUAAAGUGAACUACUAGAAGAACAUGCACCAUGUUAAACAUGUUCAGUAUGCUAAGGAAUGAUUGUAAUAUACCAACUGAUCAUGUGUACAAAUGCCAAUGCCCAGCUCCUCAAAGGUAUUUGAUUUCAAUAGGAGUUAAGUUCCUAAAUGCCUUUUGAGGAUCUGGGUCUAAGUCUUUCACCUCUUUUGGUUUUAAAAAGUGUAUAUCUGGACUGUAGUAUGGAAGACAGACUUAGGAGUUUUGGCUAUAGC